CAAAACAACUCGCAGAGUUUUGGUUGGCGAUUCGCAAAAUGAGUGCUCUCUUCAACUUCCAAAGUCUGCUGUCGGUGGUGCUGCUGAUCGUGUGCACCUGCACCUACUUGCGCUCCCUAUUUCCCAGUUUCAUCGAUCGCAACAAGUCGGGUAUGCUUGGUCUGUUUUGGAAGUUUGCGCGGAUCGGUGAACGAAAAUCUCCCUACGUUUCGGUGGCGUGUCUCGUGAUGGCAUUUUCGAUAUUAUUCUGGUCCUAGCCCUAUUUUCGAGAUAUCAUCGAUGUACUACUGAUGGAUUUAAAUUAAACAUUGCCAACAACACCCCGUA